GGAGAUUUGCAAAGAUGCGUUAGCGAAAAAACGGCACCAUAUUUCAAUGUCGUUAUUAUUUCCUCUUCUAUUUUUUUCCCACUAAUUUUAAGUUUGUUUCGAAACGAAUGAUGACAUGGACUUUGCAUGACGAGGAAGGCAUUUAAUAUCGGAUGUCAACAGCAUUUUACGCACCGGUUAAACACGGCGGAAGGGAUGCACUUGCUGCUGACACUUUUUGACGAAUGUCAAUUUAGCAUUGCUUAUUUGUUGGGAAACUCUAUUUCAUUGUGAUACGGCGUUUAGUUGCAUGCAUUAGCGUUUAUACAAUCGUUGUCAGUAUUAGUUUGUGGCCGUAAUUAUUUGAACCGCCUGACAAACAUCAACGUCAUUGAUGUAGGACAAGAGGACUGAUUCAUCGGUGCAUUGCUUGAUCCAUUCUUGAAAACAGUGUUCCUUCUGGACAAGAUCUGGGGAUGAGUAGAUGGGUUAUUAGACAACCAUUACCGGGUUUAUGUAGUUCGGCUCGGUCUUCACUUAACGUUGAAUAAUUCGGCUAUACCGCAGUAAAGCCCCAACCAUGUAUGCUGGACGGAAAAGAAGAAAACCGGCGCAAAGAGACAUCGAAGUGAAAGACCAAAAAGAGAAACAGAAAGCUCCAUCUGAAGGGACCAAGUCUAACCCAUCAAAGCGCCACCGGGACCGUCUGAACUCUGAGUUGGACCGUCUGGCCAGUCUACUGCCCUUCCCAGAGGAGGUCACCUCCAGCUUGGAUAAACUCUCUAUCUUACGGCUCAGCGUGAGCUACCUGAGGACCAAGAACUUCUUCUCAGUUGCCCUGAAGACCCAGGCUUGCAAGGGGUUGAAGGCCAACGGUGGUAACCAUGACAGCAGCGAGACAACGGGAUUGGUGGACGGCUGGAUGCCCGAGGGUGAACUCCUAUUGCAGGCCCUUAAUGGUUUCGUCCUGGUCAUCACUGCAGACGGGGUCAUAUUCUACUCCUCUCACACCAUUCAGGAUUACCUGGGAUUCCACCAAACGGACGUGAUGCACCAGAGUGUGUUUGAUCUGAUCCACACUGAGGACCAGCAGGAGUUUAGGAGGAACCUGCACUGGGCUCUCAACCCCCCGGCCGUGCCCCAGCAGGUGGAGUCACCCUCAGAUGGAAAACCAGUCCCCAGCUCGUCCCUGGUGACCUAUAACCCCGACCAGCUGCCUCCAGAGAACUCCUCCUUCCUGGAAAGGAACUUCGUCUGUCGCUUCCGCUGUCUCCUCGACAACUCUUCUGGCUUCCUGGCCCUGACCCUCCAAGGCCGUCUGAAGUUCCUGCAUGGCCAGAACUGCCGGCUGGAUGACGGCUGUACCGUGCCCCCCCAGCUGGCCCUGUUUGCCAUCGCUACCCCCCUCCAACCUCCAUCCAUCCUGGAGAUUAGGACCAAGAACAUGAUCUUCAGGACCAAACACAAGCUGGACUUCACCCCCAUGGCCUGCGAUGCCAAGGGGAAGAUCGUGCUGGGCUACACCGAGGCUGAGCUCCGGGUUCGAGGCUCUGGAUACCAGUUUAUCCAUGCAGCUGAUAUGCUCUACUGUGCUGAGAACCACGUCCGCAUGAUCAAGACAGGGGAGAGCGGGCUGACGGUGUUCAGACUGCUCACUAAGGAUAACCGCUGGAGGUGGGUCCAAGCCAACGCCAGACUGGUCUACAAGAACGGCAAGCCUGACUACAUCAUCGCCACCCAGAGGCCCCUGGUGGAGGAGGAGGGAGGAGAGCACCUGAGGAAGCGUUCCAUGCACCUCCCCUUCACCUUCGCCACGGGCGAGGCCCUUCUCUACCAGAGUAGCUACCCCAUCCACGGCCUCAACGACUCACUCCAAGCUAAAGGCAAGACCAAAUCCAAGAAGGGCAAGCUGGACAAGAACCCGUCGAAGGAUAACGGUGGACUGGACCCCAGCUCCCUGCUCGGGGCGCUGAUGAGGCAGGAUGAGUCCGUGUACGUGUGCCAACCAGCCGUCGAGCCCAAGAUGUCCUUCCACAGUAGUCUGUUUAGUGAGGGAGGUGAGGGGAAAGGGCAGAGCAGUGGAUACUAUAGCGGUGGCCCUCUGGGUGGGGGUGUGGGAGAGAGCUGGAGCUCUGUGCCCAACGGGGUUACCACCAUCUCCACUGGCCUCAACGGAGAGCCUCCGUCCAGCUUCGACCCACUGCUCGCCACCCUGGACUCACUGUCUCUGGAGGGGGACGAGACAUGCUCUAACAGCGAGCUGUUCUCUGCUCUGGAGAACCUGGGUCUGAACGCAGAGGAUCUGGAGCUACUGCUGCUGGAUGAGAGGAUGAUCAGAGUGGAGAUGGAUCCGGACUACAUCCCGCUCAACGACCUGCUCACCAACAACGAGAUCCUCGCCUACAUCCACGACUCGCUGGAGAACAAGUCCGAGGAGGGCCAGGGUGGGGACAGUCAUGUGUCCAUACCACCACCCUCAACCACAACCCAUCCCCCUGGCCCUAUCCUUAAUUCUGCCCUUAUCCUUAACCCUCAUACCCAAGCCGCCCCCACUAUGCAUAUCUCUACCUUCCACCCCCAAGCUACUGACCCUCCUGCCCCUCAACCCAUAUUACCCCCUCACAGACUACCAAAACAGCCACCCAUAGUGCAGCUCUCCCAACAGAUGCAGCAGCACCUCAACUUAGUAAAGCCAGUUCUGGCAAAAUACCCCUGGCCCCCGACACAAACGAACGUCCCCGCGCCAAGCCAGCCAGACACCCUGCAGCACACAAACUCACUAACCUUGGUCCAUAAUGGUCACUGGCUUCCCCAGCAGCAGCAUAUGCUUGCGGGGCUUGAUGACCACUGCCACAGCCUUCACCCCCUGGUUAACAGUAAGACAUCCCAGCUGGGGCCUCACGGGGCCGGGCAGCUCAAACAACACCAGAACAACAUCCAUCUUCAGAGCCAGUGGCAGCAGCACAACCAGCACUUACAGGUCCAGCUUCAAUCUCCGUGUAAUUUCAAACAGCAGAAGGCUAGCAGCAGCAGCAGUGCCACUCUCAACGGGGUGCACCCUGAUCCCGAUUGGCAUAGUUCCAUCUACGACGACCAGUUGGGACUGACCGCUAAUGGAGCUAAUGGAGCCUGCACCGUCUCCUACCCCAACGGGCACGCGGACACCCUCACACACACUACAGAAGGAGAGGUCACUCACACGGAUUACGGUAUGGGUGAUUUGACUACCGUGGGCAUGGUCAUGAACGGGGUUAUGGUAGGGGGCAUAGGUCACUACCAGGGACAAGGAGGGGUGACCGCUAACCCCUCAGACCAUCUGGUGCAUCACAAACAACAUUCUCCACAGGUCCCAUCCACCUACUUCCCUCAGUACUCCACCACACAGAACUCUUUAGAUUACAUCCUGGGGCUGUCACAGCCUCAACUCACCAUGCCUACUCUGGACGCCUACGGCAUUUUGAAUAGCCCCGCUUCCCAGGAUGCCACUCACUGCAAGAUGGAGAACGGCUGCAUCCUCAACGACACCAACGUGGCUCACACAGGGAGCUGUCUACUGCCCAAUGUGAACAGCCAGACAACCAGCGACAGUCUUCAGCCUGACGUCCUACAUACCCUGCCAGACCCACAGACUACUGGCUUCUACCUCUGAGAGGGGGGCGGAGGGGGUGUCAGGGCAAAGAGAGACCAUUGGACCAUUUUGUCAGGACAAGGA